AUGGUGUUGUUUUUCAGGUUUCUGAUAUUGCAUUUUGAUCAGGUUUCUGAUAUAUUUGAUCAGAAAUCUCUCUUUUUACCUCCCUCCCCCCUUGCCACUAUUGGGAUUGACUUCUUGUCGAAAACCAUGUAUCUUGAAGACCGAACAGUGUGCUUGCAACUCUGGUAUACUACUGGACAGGAAAGAUUUCGGAGUCUUAUUCCCAGUUGCAUCAGAGAUUCUUCAGUUGCUGUUAUCGUCUAUGAUGUUUCUAGAUCCAGAAAAAUUGAAAAAGGCGUUACCCUUGGCCCUGAAUCUCCAAGACGAUACAGAAAAAGUGUCAGUGGGAUGUCUUUGUGGCUUGACGGCUUUAAGAGAAGUAAUGUUGUUUCUGCAUCUGGUAUACUUGAGUUUGCUUACAGGGAUUUGCAGAAGGCGACUCAGAAUUUCACAACAUUGGUUGGCCAGGGUGCAUAUGGUCCUGUGUACAAAGCUCAGAUGUCAACUGGUGAAAUAGUUGCUGUGAAGGUGCUGGCAACUGAUUCAAAGCAAGGGGAGCGAGAAUUUGAAACAGAGGUUAAGCUGUUAGGAAGGUUGCAUCACAGGAACCUCUUGAAUUUGCUUGGAUAUUGUACAGAGAAGGGAAAAAACAUGCUUAUAUAUGCGUAUAUGAGCAAUGGCAGCCUAGCUUCCCAUUUAUAGUGUCAGAUAGCAUAUAUUAGUGUUUAUAUGUCCAAAAAUAUAUAUGUUAGUGUUUAUAUGUCCAUUUUGUUUUAGUUUUUUAAAGUGUAAUAUUACAAGUUAUUGAGGCAAAUAUAUGUGUUU